CAUAUACCAAAUUGAUAUUAAAGCAGAUGCAGUAAAUGUAAACGCAGUUGAAAAUACCCAGAAAUUGUACAAAUGUUUAUUAUUUACUGUUUAAUAUUUCACUCACUGCUGCCUGUCCCAUAUGAGAACAUGACAGCGCCGGGUUUGUUUGGAACUAUUGGAGGGUUACAUGAACCACGUGACCGCGUAGCGGCGAGAUCAAGGAGUGUCGCAACUCUCUCUAUCUACGGCUCUGCUCAGCACUAAUGUGACUGCGGGAUUUUCACUGUUGCUAUUUGAGAAAAAUGGCGGCGCAGAGAAAUGAUGAUGAAAAUAAAGGCGAUGAAGAGGAUAUCUCUGCAAUCAUGGGAUUCUCCGGUUUUGGUAAAAAGGCUCGGACAUUUGACUUGGAGGCUAUAUUUGAGCAGACUCGGAGAACGGCCAUUGAAAGGAGUCAGCUGGUUUUAGAGGAUCGUCAGCAGCAAGAGACUCAGAGGGGUUUAAGCACCGUUCCCGGUGUUAGUUCCUCCAAAACAUCUGGCUCUAGCCAAAGAGAAAGAUCAUCCGCAUCCUCCUCCAGACAGCAGGAGAGUGACAGUGACAGUGAUGACAGCAGUGACUCAGAACCCAUUGGCCCUCCUGUUCCUUCCUCACUCACUGCCCGGGCUUCUGCUGCUGAUGAUGACGAUGAGCUGAUAGGACCUCCGCUUCCACCAGGUUUCAGUGGCAGCAAAGCUGACCAUGAUGAGGAUGAGGAUGAUGAUGAUGAUGAUGAUGAUGAUGAUGAUGAUGGGGAUGACACUAUGGAGGAAGAUGAUGACCCAGUAAAGAAGAUUCCAGACACUCAUGAGAUCACGCUCCAGCAUGGUACCAAGACAGUUUCUGCACUCGGUCUUGACCCUUCUGGAGCGCGAUUGGUCACAGGAGGCUAUGACUACGAUGUAAAGUUCUGGGACUUUGCUGGGAUGGACGCUGCGCUGAAUGCCUUUAGAUCUCUUCAACCUUGUGAAUGUCACCAAAUAAAAUCUGUACAGUACAGCGUCACUGGUGAUGUAAUCCUUGUAGUGGCUGCAAAUGCGCAAGCCAAAGUCUUAGAUCGGGACGGCUUCCAGGUUCUAGAGUGCGUCAAAGGCGACCAGUAUAUCGUGGACAUGGCAAAUACCAAGGGCCACACGGCCAUGCUGAACAGCGGCUGCUGGCACCCCAAGAUCAAAGAAGAGUUCCUCACCUGCUCCAAUGACGGAACUGUCCGGACAUGGGACUUGAACAACGACAAAAAGCACAAGUCUGUAUUCAAGCCUCGCUCCAUGCAGGGGAAAAGAGUCACCCCCACCUGCUGCACCUACAGCCGAGAUGGCAAGCUCAUCGCCGCAGGCUGCCAGGACGGCACCAUCCAGAUCUGGGACAGAAACUUAAGCGUUCAUACUAAGUUCCACUGUCGUCAGGCUCACGCUCCUGGCACUGACACCUCCUGCCUCACCUUCUCGUAUGAUGGAACUGUUAUUGCCUCACGAGGAGGGGAUGACACUCUAAAGACAUGGGACAUUCGCAGUUUUAAGAAGCCUCUUAAUGUUGCCACAGGCUUGACCUCGUACUUCCCGAUGACAGACUGCUGCUUCAGUCCUGAUGAUAAACUCCUGGUGACGGGGACUUCAGUGAAGCGAGAUCAGGGCAAUGGCAAACUGGUCUUCUUUGACAGAGAGUCCUUCAAGAAAGUUUAUGAGAUUGAGGUGGCUAGUGCGAGUGUGGUUCGUUGUCUUUGGCACCCAAAGCUGAAUCAGAUCAUGGUUGGAACAGGGAACGGCCUGGCUAAAGUCUACUACGACCCAGUCAAGAGUCAGAGGGGUGCCAAGCUGUGUGUGGUGAAGAGCAAGCAGAAGGAGAAGCAGGCCGAAACACUGACGCAGGACUACAUCAUUACUCCUCACGCUUUGCCAAUGUUCCGUGAAGCCAGACAGCGCAGCACCAAGAAGCAGCUGGAGAAGGACCGCCUCGACCCGCUCAAAUCCCACAAGCCCGAGCCACCCAUGUCCGGCCCAGGCAGAGGAGGUCGUGUGGCUGCGCAUGGUGGCACACUGUCAUCCUACAUCGUUAAGAACAUUGCUCUGGACAAGUCGGACGACAGCAACGCUCGAGAGGCCAUCCUGCGCCAUGCCAGAGAUGCAGCCGAGAACCCCUUUUGGGUUUCCCCAGCCUACAAAGCGACUCAGCCGAAUCCUGUUUUUGCAGAUGAGGAGUCUGAGGAUGAGGAAGCCGACAAGGAGCCAGAGUGGAAGAAACGCAAGAUCUGAAGAACAAAAAAAGCUGCUUUUUAAAUUUUAAUGCUUAAUGUUUAAAUGUUGUUUUUUUCCUCAGUUCUCAGAAGCUCCAAAGCUCAGAAGACCUGGAAAUUUGGUGGAGCAACACUUUGCAUGACCUUACGUACACGUUUAAGACAUUUUUAAGGCAGUCAUUUUAGUGUAAUGUCUGUGUAUAUGACGAUGUGCUCAUUUGUAACUGAUAUUGUGCUGAAGUCCUAGUUGUACAGAACCUUGAUCAUUUUGUUGGAUCAUAAAAUAAACAAGCACAGUGUGGAGUUAGUAGGCGUUAAUAUUGGCUGGACCGUUACUUCUGGUUCCAAUGAUGUUUGACCAUUUCAAAAUUUCUCUAAUAAAAGUACUAAAAGUA